AUGAAUUCCAUUAGUCUACCUGAUCCUUGCCUUACUGCUCAGACGAUUCGUACUGGCCUCGUUGACCCAGAUGUAGGAGGAAUUGCAGUAGGAGUGUCCAUUACCCUCGCGGAACUUUCUAAACAUAUGCCACAUCUCGAGAUAAUAGCGAUCCUCCUACGCUGGUCAGAGCCUGAGGAUGACCUCAAGACUUCGAUCUUUAUGCUUAUAUCGCAAGUCUAUCCCAUUCUCAUCGCAACGGCGUCAAGCAUUGGGAGCGAGAACCUCUCCUUGUUCGAUGCUCAUUAUGCUGUCGCCGUUACUGCUUCACCGAUAACAGUCUACCUUGUCUAUUCUUCAUUUCGAGACGUUUUCCGCCGUCCGAAUACUCUUUUUAAGAAGCUGGCGUCGUCUAAGGCCGUUGUGCGGUACCUCGGCCUGAUCCUACCCUUUCUCUGGCUGUUUGCCUUCAGCAAUAGUCCACUCUGCCGGGGAAUGACACUAUCUCUGUGGACUGAGUUCCAACUCGCAUCCAAUUUUAUCGGCGUCCUUAAUGGGUCUCCCAACAUGGAAGCGAAUUUUCUUAACCGUCUGGCAUGUACCGAUGGCGUGUUGGUGACUUCAGUCUUCUCUAUAAUACCGCCCUUCCUUGCCGUCGGCGAAUUACUCAUCAAGCGAUCGACCGAUAUAUGCAAUUACUUCAAGAGCCUGCCCCGGUAUCUCUAUACUGGUGUCCGAUUUUUACUGACUGGGCGACCAAACUCCUGCAAACAAGAUCUUUUGGAAACACGGCGCGCUUCCUGGUCACCCCUCCAAUGGCUAGGUGUGGAACUGGUGUGGACCAGUUACUUUGAGCUCGUAAGAUGGUGGAAGACCCGUGAAAUGACGACAGCGUCCCCAAUGGACAAGUUACUAUAUGAGAAAUUCAUCAAGUAUUUGAAGAGGACCUUCCAUCUCACAAUCGUCCUUCCCAUUGCCUUCGCCAUGUGCGCUGGCCCAUUAUUUGCCCCAUUUGCUGGCCUGCCUCUCGCCCAACAGUACCAAUGGACACACCUCUGUGACUCUUUCGCGGGAGAAGCCAUCAUCCAAUCUCCCUCACUUGGUUCUUCUCGACAGCCUUUCAUGUCAUUCUAUUACCCCGAAACCCCAGACUCAACAGCCAAAAUCCACUACUUCGACUACGUAAUGACGAACGACCCAAACGCAUCAACCCAAACGCUCUCAUUCGCCGGCGCAGCAUCACAAGGGGUCGUUCCCGCCGACCUCCGACCAAACAUCCAAUCCGUAUCAAUCGCCUCCCCCGGAAAAAACAAUGCCAUCUCAGCGCAAUGCGUAACCACAAUAAACUCAACUUCAGUUCCCGUCCCAUGCAUGACAGGGACUUAUCAAAUUUCACCCUAUCUCAACUUUUCACUCCAAGACUCUGGGAACACCACUUAUCUUCGGGCGGUCGAUAAAGAGUGGCAAUUCAUCGAUGAUGCCCCAAGCUUUGUCCUUCGAUACUCCUCAUCAGAUCCACGCCAGCCACUGGGAAGUAUAGCUAUUGAGACCGCUGUCACGGAGCGCAACCGCUGUGAGGUCCUCAAAGUCUGCCUUGGCUCCAGGAAAUUGGGUUUCGAUAUCCUGGCUCCCCUCGGUGUAGCGUUUAUCUCUCAGAACAACUUCGCCGCCUACUGCACGCAGCCUCGAAUUUAUAACCUUUAA